AGCUGGAGCGCCCUCACGUAGAUUAUAAACAAAAAGUCUUUGACACAACACAGGGGAAAUUCUUGAAAGAAUCUGUUCACAGGAAGAAUUUGUCGUUGCUCUUUGUCUUUUCUGAUAUAAUAGAUGCUUGCUUGGUUAAGAAAUAAUCAAAGCAAUGACAAUCACUAACGUGAACAUCUGACUAGUAAAAGUGUAAACACAUUUCCAACAUGGCUGAUAGAACCGGUUACACAGCUACCACUUUGAGUGAUGUUGCUUUUGAUGAUGUACAGCUCUCGUUAGCUGGCAUUAACUUGAUGUUGAACAACGGCUUUCGAGAAGCAGAAAGUAUCUUCCUCAAGUACAAAAACUACAGUCCUCUGAUGAGUGGUGGAUAUAGUUUUGUCUGCUUUUUGAAUGCAAUAAUGUCUUUUGAAGAAGAUAAGAUGGAAUUUGCCAUGGUUGCGCUGAAGGAAACAGAAAAAAUGUGUACAGUCAAAAAAGCUGAAAAGUCCCUUCGUGUCAAAAUAUUUGGUAAUAACAGCAACACAAAGAAAACGCUGUUACCAAUUACGCUUGAAGACCGCCUCCAGCGAUUAGUCAUUUAUGCUGAUUGCCAACUCUACAUGUCUAUGAUCAUCUUCUCUCGUUUUGAGAUCUCUGGGUUUAUGAAAGGUGGUUGGUUAAUCAGAAAGGCGUUUAAACUGUAUGAGAGAAUAUACAACGAGAUAGCUGCUGUAUAUAAGGACCGCUUUGGACAGGACAUUACACAUCCAAAUCAGACGAAGUUGCCAGAGAGCGAAACUGUCCCUGUCGAUGACGACGCCAAUUCCAAUGAUGGCACAGAAAAUCUAGAAAAUUUAGAUUUCAGUGAUAUAACAGAAGAAAGCUUAGGCCGGUUGAAAGGGGCCGUUUCCUUUGGAUUUGGACUACUUCAGCUUUGUAUAUCAAUGAUGCCCCCAAAUGUACUUAAGUUGGUUAAUAUGUUUGGAUUUCAUGGGGAUAAAGAGUUUGGUUUGACGUGCCUAGAGGAAGCAAGUAGAAGUACGGAUAUGAAAGCCCCUUUAGCUAUGUUAUCAUUACUAUGGUAUCAUACUGUAGUUAGGCCGUUCUUUGGAAUUGAUGGUAGUAAUACUGAACAUUGCAUCAGGGAAGCAAAAGAAAUCCUUGAAGUUAAUGAAGUGAAAUAUUCACAGUCUGCACUGGUUAUGUUUUAUAGGGGAAGAGUACAGAAGCUGGAGUGUAAUCUAGAAGAGUCGUUGAAAACAUACAACGAAGCAUACGAUCUAGCUGUAGAGCAACGAGAGAUACAGUUGAUAUGUCUGUAUGAGAUUGGGUGGUGUAGUAUCAUUAAGCUGAAUUGGGAAGAAGGCCUCUUGGCAUUUGCUAGGCUGAAAGAAGAUUCUAGAUGGUCUAAGUGUUAUUAUGCAUAUCUAACAGGAGUCUGCCAAGGAGCACUAGGCCAGUUGGAAACAGCCCAGGAAAUGUUCAAGGAAGUGCCAAAACUCUCUAAAAGGAAAAACAAUCAGCUUGAAGCAUUUGUUAUUCGCAAGUCCAAUAAAUUCAAGAAAAAGCUGCCAACUAAACCAGCGGCCAUUUUGAUGGUGAUUGAGAUUGUGUAUUUGUGGAGAGCACUUCCAUCCUGUUCACAGGAAACUCUAGAUACCAUGAUUGAAACUUUGGACAAUGCAACUCUGACUUUAGAAGAGCAGGCAUUGUGUAGAAUGUUGAAGGGUGCUUUACAUCAACAGAUGGGAAGUAAGGAAGCCGCCAUGCAGAACUAUGAGGAUGCAAUGGCAUAUGCUGUCCAAGGCUGCGAAGAUCCUUAUGUAGCCCCUUACUGUUCCUUUGAACUUGGAAUGUUGUUGACAGAGAAGCCAUCAACGGCAAGUAGAGGCAAAGCACUGAUACUCAGAGCAAAGGAAAACUAUAAAGACUUUGAUUUUGAGAAUCGACUGAACGUUCGUGUCCAUGCAGCACUGCAGCAAUUGGAAGGCAUCGACUAAAGAGAUUCUACUCUCAGAUUAUAGAUGAGAACGUUACACAUUACUAAUGAAAAAAAUUCAUCAUAAUGUAGAUCAACAUUAAUAUUUUGCUUAUAAAAAUCUGUUGUCAGCAUUUCAGAAGAAAUCAAAUUGCAAGUAUUUCUGCAUGACAUCUUGAAGUCGUCUUUCUUUUCAGAUGUUACAUAGCAUAUGAUCACAAUUGUGCUAGAAGAUACCUAAUAGAAUAGAAAUAACGUUCAACACAUAAAUUUACCAACUUGUACCUUAGCCAACUCGUACCAAAGUUGAACAACUUGUAAAUAGGUUUAGUGUGAUCAUGGAGGAAUAAAAGCUUAUUCCCAUUUUAUUCUUCCAUGUUGUAAUCAAUAUUUUAGUUUUAGGUCAUCUUUUCGAAAUUUGGAAUGAUAUUUAGCCGUCUAUAUUUUAAGAAAGAGCUGUCCCAUGAGUGAGUAAGGCACUGUCCUGACUAUCAAAUUUUCUUUGACAGAAGCAGGUGACAUGCCUAAAUAUGGUCAUGAUGACAUCACAUCAUAACCAUAUAUAGACACAUCAUGACUAUAUUAUGGAUAUACAACAGUUUUUUGUCAAAGAAAAUUUGAUAGUUUGGACAAAACUGGAGUAAGUUUGCUAGGGUACGAGUUCUUGGUGAGUAUGAGUUCAUUACAUACUGGUCAGGUACCAGUUACUGUUUUUUUUUUUUUUUUUCUUAUGAAGGAAGGACAAGGCAGUAAGCCAUGUGAUUGCAAUUAACAUGUCAUGUCAGUUUACAACACCAAUGUUCUGGAAAAUAUUUUAGUGCUUUUUUAAAGAUAUUAAAGUUAGUGUUGAAUGAAGAAUGGUGGCGAUAGAAUUGAAAAUUGAGAUGUUGGAGAGAGAAUGAAGUAUAGAAUGACAAGGAUGGUGAAAAUUGAGAAUAUGAAAAUGAAUAAAGAAGAAGAAUAGUAGAGGAUAAUGCAAUGGAUAUAGCUAAAAAAAAAAAUUAGUUGCAAUUAUAAUAUAAAUCUAUCAUAUUUUACUAGCAGUAUCUAGGUAUAAUUUUAGAAUUUGCUUGUUAUUUAAGAUUAAGUAAGCGAUUUUUUACUGGAUGUUGGUGGAGGGGGUGUGGCUCAGCACUAAGGUGUUUGCUUCCAAUUUCAAGAUUCUUAGUUCGAAUCUUAAGCUGUUCAGUCUACUGUAUGUUGUCUUUGGCCAAGGUGCUGGUCUAUCCUACGCUCUCCACACAGUAGUAUUUAUGAUCUAUCAUUGACUCUCAUAUAGAGAGUUUUUCCUGCUGUAUCAGUUACUUACUUCAAAUGGUUGAUAGAACCAUGAUAAAUAUUCUUGGUAUUCUAUCAAGAAAAAAAAUCUAAUUGUUUGAUUUAGUAUGAUUAUCAGUUAUAUAUAUUAUUAUUUUAUUAUUAUUAUUAUUAUUGUUUUUAUUAUUAUUACUAUACUAAUAUUUGUUGAUAUUCUUAUAUACACAUUAAUUUCUUAACACUGUACUAAAGAUUCAGCAUGACGUACUGUACUUUUAACUGACGUCUAUUCUUCGGAAUGGUGCAUGCUCAGAUAUUGGUAUGUUGCUACUACCAAAGGUACCACACUGACAGAUCCAUGGGUGGCUAAUUUUGUGUUCAUCCUUUGGCAGCAGCCAUAAAGUCUAACCAACUGUGAAAUCAUUUAGAAUAGAUAAUAUGUUAAGGUAUAUAAAAGCAGAACAUCAAGGGGUGUAGCCUCCUAGAUGUCUACAAUUGGCAAGGGACCAACCCCAACUCUCUCUCCACUCAAUUGGUCAUCACAUCUUCAAUCUAAGUACUGCUAACAGGGAGCAGUUUUAUAUAAAUAUCACUUAUAAUGUAAAGCAUUCUUAAAUUGUAGCAACUGAAAUUGGUUGAAGAAAACAGACUUCAUAUCAAGCUUAUUCCUUCUCUAAAAAAUGCAAUUAAAAUGAUGUUAGAUAUUGUGGAAUACUGUACUGUGUUUAACGUAUAUUGUCUGAAAGUACAAAGGUUAAAUAAAGGGGAAGAAAACAUAGUUAAUAAACAGUAUGCCUGCUUCUGAUAAUUAUGCCCAGAUGCUGUAUCUGUUCUCUGGGUAUAAUCUGUAAUAUGUGACGACAUUGAUUUCAUUAUUUGUAUUCAUAUUGAUAAAAUUAUUAAAAUAUAAUUAUUUACAAAAUUGAA